AUGUCUGUCUCCAUCGAAACCACUGAUAUUUCCCCCGCCCCUGCCAUCAAGCAAGAUGGACCCUGUCUUGGCUCUACAUCCAGAAUGCCUGAAUUCAGCCUGGCGGGAAAGGUUGUUUGUGUCUCGGGUGCAGCCCGUGGUCUUGGUCUGACUCAGGCUGAAGCCCUGUUGGAAGCCGGCGCCAAAGUGUACGCUUUGGACCGCCUGGAGGAGCCUUCGCCAGAUUUCUACAAAAUCCAGAAGCGUGCUAGGGAGGAAUUAAGCACAGAACUGCACUACCGUCGGAUUGAUGUCCGUGACACUGAACUGCUGAACAAUGUUAUCGAAGCAAUCGGCCAGACGGAAGGCCGCUUGGAUGGUCUGGUUGCUGCCGCCGGCAUUCAGCAGGAAACCCCGGCUCUCGAAUACACAUCCAAGGACGCCAACAAGAUAUUCGAAGUAAACGUUACUGGUGUGUUCAUGACCGCUCAGGCAGUUGCCAAGCAAAUGAUUCGAUUUGGAAACGGAGGCAGUAUUGCACUAAUUGCAAGCAUGAGUGGCACUGUUGCCAAUCGGGGUCUCAUCUGCCCAGCCUACAACGCUAGCAAGGCCGCUGUGCUUCAGCUAUCCCGCAACCUCGCCAUGGAGUGGGGUCAGUACAAGAUUCGUGUCAACACCAUCUCACCCGGCUAUAUUAUGACAGCUAUGGUUGAGAAUCUGUUCGUCGAGUUCCCUGAGCGUCGCGACGAAUGGCCUAAGCAGAACAUGUUGGGACGUCUGUCUUCUCCGGAGGAGUACCGCGGUGCUGCCGUCUUCCUUCUUAGUGACGCCAGCAGCUUCAUGACUGGAAGCGAUCUGCGCAUCGAUGGUGGUCACUCUGCUUGGUAG